GGGUGCCCGUGUGCGUCACUUCCGAGCAGAGCGCGCUCUGCCAAAAUCCGCGAGAGACCUUUUGAUUUUUUUUUUUUCCUCCAAUCACGUUUUCCCGCGAACACGCCCUUUGCUUAGGUGACAGCUGGAGUGUGGGGAGCUCAGUUUACCACUUUCCUACAGAUUUUUCGGCGUGAAGGGAAAGAAAUUGUGUAGGUAUUUCAGAACAUUUUUAGGUGAAAUUGAUCCCAAAGCCACAUUAAAAUAUGUGUUAAGUAAAGCAAUCUGAAGAAAGCCCAGGACCUCAGAAAUUCUGACUUAAUUAAGUUGUAUUGCCCAAGUGAAGAGUAAGAGUGAAGAGAAAUCUUUGCCUCCUCCUGGAAGGAUGGAGGCAGAAGGACAGCAGCCAUGGAAGACAGACUUUUACGUGGAAUUGCCAAAAGUGGAGCUCCAUGCCCACUUGAAUGGCUCCAUUAGUUCCAAUACCAUGAAGAAAUUAAUAGCCAAGAAGCCACAUCUUAAAGUUCAUGAUCACAUGACCAUGAUUGACAAGGGAAAGAAAAGGACUUUAGAAGAAUGUUUCCAGAUGUUCCAGGUUAUUCACCAGCUUACUACUAGUGCUGAGGACAUUCUAAUGGUCACAAAAGAUGUCAUUAAGGAGUUUGCAGACGAUGGUGUCAAGUACCUGGAGCUGAGGAGCACCCCCAGAGGAGAGAACGCUACUGGAAUGACAAAGAAGACUUACGUGGAAUCCAUUCUUGAAGGCAUAAAACAGUGCAAACAAGAAAACUUAGAUAUUGAUGUUAGGUAUUUGAUGGCAAUUGACAGAAGAGGUGGCCUGACAGUAGCCAAGGAGACUGUUGAACUUGCUAAAGAGUUCUUCCUCUCUACUGAGGAUACAGUUCUUGGCCUUGACCUCAGUGGAGACCCUACUAUAGGACAAGCAAAAGACUUCUUGGAACCUCUUCUAGAAGCUAAAAAAGCAGGUCUGAAGUUGGCAUUGCAUCUUGCAGAGGUUCCAAAUAAGAAAAAAGAAACACAAAUGCUGUUGGAUCUGCUUCCUGACAGAAUCGGGCACGGCACAUUCCUCAACUCCUGCGAGGGAGGAUCCCUGGAUCAGGUGGAUUUUGUGAGGCAACACCGGAUACCUCUGGUGGUGGAAGGCAGUGCAGAGCCUUGCACAUGCAGGGCAGGCCUUCUCCUGCUGAGCUACACCCCAGAUGGGAACUACAGUUUCCCAUUACACAUGAGCAGCAAACUUUGUUUGACCUCAAACAUCAAAAGCCAGACAGUUGCCUCUUAUGACCAGCAUCAUUUUGGAUUCUGGUACAGCAUUGCUCAUCCUUCUGUGAUCUGUACCGAUGAUAAGGGUGUUUUUUCGACACACCUUUCUCACGAGUAUCGACUGGCAGCAGAAACAUUUAAUUUGACCCCAUCUCAGGUGUGGGAUCUGUCUUAUGAAUCCAUCAGCUACAUCUUCGCUUCUCACAACACCAGAUCUGAACUGAGAAAGAGGUGGAAUCACCUGAAGCCCAAAGUGCUACACUUUUAAGCUGGGAUGACGUGACCUACUUUCGAUUAUAUGCUGUAGCCGUCUCUCCUGCCACAUCCCACUCAGUGAACUGUCCACUACUUCCUGGAAGCUCAGUACCAGGUAUAUGUGGGGUCAUGACACCAGCACCUUACGUAUGGUAAGUGCUCGUUAUACCUCAGACUAAGAGCCCUGAGGCCUGGCAUGCUUCGGCUCCAUGCUGCUGCUGGAGGACGGGAGGGCCGUCAGCCGGAUCCCUCUUUCCACUAGUGACUUUUUCAGUUAUCGCUCCCUCUCAGGCCGCGAUCAUAAACCUUCUGAGAAGUUGAAGCUGUUUGUCUUCGGGAAGGCCUCGGUGUUUCGUUAAUCAGACUCUCUCCGCUUUCUUUAACCCUUACAAGUGUUAUUUCUCAAGCCUGUCGAUGCCAGGCCACAUUGCACACCAGAACCAUUUGUGUGGGUGCCUCGUUGUCAGGUGACCGUAGUGACAAGCUAGACUCUGCCUUGCCUGUCUCAUAAUAGCUUUAGAAAUAUAUAAAGGGAUUGAAGUAAUUCCUUCAGUUUAAGAAAAGGAAAGAAUUGCUGGCUCGAAGUGGGAACGACGUAGGCUGGAGCUUCAGUUUUCAAAUCAGCUUCUAGUUAGCUUUCUUUGUGGAAGCUGCCAGGACUCACUUCGAAGAUCGUUCUAGGAAUGGGAGCAUUGUGGCUUCUAGGGUUCUUAGGUCUCCUGUGACCUCAUGCCCACAGGCAUAGGCUUACAUAAACACCUGUAUACCUGUAUACCAUGGGCACUUUAGCCCAAGACAAGGACAACUAAGGUUGGCUCUGUGUGGUAAGAAGAUGACUUAACAGGUAGCAAAUGUCCUGGUUAGUUUUUUCAACUUGAUACAAGCUAGAGUCAUUUGGGAAGAAGGACCCUAACUGAGAAAAUGCUCCCACCAGAUUGGCCUAAUCGGUGCUUUAUCAGUUGUGGACCCAUCCCACAGGUGAUGCCACCCCAGGCAGGUGGUUCUGGGUGGAAUAAGAAAAGAAAUUGAGCAAGUACAUGAGCAAGCCAGUAGGCAGCAUUCCUCCAUUGCUUCAGCUUCAGUUUCUGCCUCAACUUUCUAGGAUGAUGGACUACAAAUUAUAAGAGGAAAUAAGACUCUUUCUUCCUCAAGUUGCUUUUGGUUAUGGUGUUUUAUCACAGCAUUAAAAACCCUAAAACAGUUAAGUAAA